UGUGACCACACCGUAACGUAAACUUUCCCUUUCAGCGACGACGAUGAUGGCAACCAUUUUCUCAAGUUCUCGUUUUCUGCUAAAUACACUGAAAUUCACUUCGCGUUCAAACGCCGUUAACCUAAGAAGAAGUUUCCGUCCAUCAGGAAUGAAUACUUCAGCUAGGGUUUCCAGUAACGGUAGCGGCGGUGCUGUUCGUUUCCCGUUAUCUUCAUCGAAUGCUUUGAUCAUUCAGAAAGGAGAUAUCACGAAAUGGUCCAUUGAUGGUUCCACCGAUGCAAUCGUAAAUCCUGCAAAUGAGAGAAUGCUUGGAGGUGGUGGUGCAGAUGGAGCUAUACAUAGGGCAGCUGGUCCAGAUCUUGUUAGAGCAUGCCGGAAUGUACCAGAAGUCAGGCCUGGAGUUCGCUGCCCAACGGGGGAAGCAAGGAUCACACCAGGUUUCCUGCUGCCUGCUUCUCAUGUUAUUCAUACUGUUGGCCCAAUCUAUGAUGUUGAUAGUAAUCCUGCUGCAUCUCUGGCAAGUGCUUACAGAAAUAGUUUGAGGGUCGCAAAAGAGAACAACAUUCAAUACAUAGCAUUCCCAGCUAUAUCAUGUGGUGUCUAUGGAUACCCUUACGAUGAAGCUGCUACUGUAGCAAUUUCUACCAUCAAAGAGUUCCAAAAUGACUUUAAGGAGGUCCACUUUGUUCUCUUCGCGUCUGAUAUUUAUGACAUUUGGUUAAAUAAGUCGGAUGAAUUGUUGAAAGGUUAGUGUCCCCUCAGAAAUCAGUCCACAGAAUUGAAGACCUAAGUCGUUUAGACUCGUGCAAGAAAUUAAUUACAACAUUUCAUAUGGUUCUUUUGUAAGGAAAAUAUGUAAGCUAAAUUACACUUUACUAGAUGUUAUAUUCUUCUCUUGAAUGUUAGAGGGAUUUAGUAUUUUAUGCUAUAAAUAUGAGACUGGAAAUGUACCAAAAAAAAAGAGACUGUAAAUGACAAUUAUUUCUGCAGUUUUUGAAGUUAUUCUAUGGUAUCGGAUUAGUCCUUCAA